AACUGAUGAGUACGGGUGGCAGCACUACUAGAUCACCAUGUCUUUAUCAGUGAGUGUGCUUGUCUGUGUGGUGGUAGCGGUGCAGGUGUAUGGCGCCCCCCAAUAUCUGUACCAGGAUCUGGAUCAGGACAAUGGUCUCCAACAGGCGCAACUCCAAGCACUUCAAGCACAGCUUGAGUCUCUACAGGGACAACCUCUCUAUGACGGUCCGGACGAUGAUGGUAGUCUGGUGCGCAACCGGCGGCUGACCUGUGAUGUAUUCAGUUUCCAGAGUCAGUGGAUUACACCCAACCAUGCUGCUUGUGCACUCAAGUGUGCUGCCCUGUACUGUAUAGCUCUGAUUUCAGGUAGUCUGGUGCGCAACCGGCGGCUGACCUGUGAUGUAUUCAGUUUCCAGAGUCAGUGGAUUACACCCAACCAUGCUGCUUGUGCACUCAAGUGUGCUGCCCUGUACUGUAUAGCUCUGAUUUCAGGUAGUCUGGUGCGCAACCGGCGGCUGACCUGUGAUGUAUUCAGUUUCCAGAGUCAGUGGAUUACACCCAACCAUGCUGCUUGUGCACUCAAGUGUGCUGCCCUGUACUGUAUAGCUCUGAUUUCAGGUAGUCUGGUGCGCAACCGGCGGCUGACCUGUGAUGUAUUCAGUUUCCAGAGUCAGUGGAUUACACCCAACCAUACUGCUUGUGCACUCAAGUGUGCUGCCCUGUACUGUAUAGCUCUGAUUUCAGGUAGUCUGGUGCGCAACCGGCAGCUGACCUGUGAUGUAUUCAGUUUCCAGAGUCAGUGGAUUACAGCCAAUCAUACUGCUUGUGCACUCAUGUGUGCUGGCUGCCCUGUACUGUAUAGCUCUGAUUUCAGGUAGUCU